GGCUGUCCGUCUUCCACCGCCCCGCCACUCUCGUUCCCCACACUUGAUCUGCUGGCGCGAGCCUCAAGGCUUGCCUCUUCUUCCACGCCAGCUUUGGUGACUGGUGACGACGCCCAGCAUCACCGCCACCCAACGGAGCCGUCCCCAGUCCUCGAUCGCUUUCCGUAUCAUCAUCGACCUGCAACUCGAUCUUGUCCCACAGAAUGCCUCCCGCCGCGCCGAUGGGCAUGCCCCCCCAGCCCGUCAAAGAUGACAUCGAGACAACAUGGAACUACUUGCAACAAGGCGUUACCAGGAUUAUGAUGAGUCUGCAGGAGGGUAUCGACCUCCAGACUUACAUGGGCAUCUACACAGCCGUCCAUAACUUCUGCACAUCUCAAAAAGCCGUUGGCUUUGCCUUCCAGAGUCAGGCUAUUGGCCAGUCUCAUCGUGGUGCCCACCUCCUCGGCGAAGACCUCUACAAGAAGCUGACGGAGUAUCUAUCCGAACAUCUGAGGGGCUUGGUGGCGGAGUCGAGGGCGCACGCGGAUGAGGCGCUGUUGGCAUUCUAUAUCAGGGAAUGGCAACGCUACACCAAUGCCGCCAAAUACGUUCAUCACUUAUUCCGCUACCUCAACCGCCACUGGGUUAAGCGCGAGAUCGACGAAGGGAAGAAGAACGUCUACGACGUCUACACGCUGCACCUGGUGCAGUGGCGCGAUGUGCUGUUCCACCACAUUUCGACCAAGGUCAUGGAGGCCGUGCUGAAACUCGUCGAGAAGCAGCGUAACGGCGAGACCAUUGAGCACAACCAGAUCAAGCAGGUGGUCGACUCGUUCGUGUCGCUGGGUUUGGAUGACGGCGACUCCUCCAAGACAACUCUCGACGUUUACCGGUUCCACUUUGAGAAACCGUUCCUCGAAGCCACCAAGGUCUUCUACCAGAACGAGAGCAAGCAGUUCGUUGCCGAGAACAGCGUUGUCGAGUACAUGAAGAAGGCCGAAACGCGCCUGAACGAGGAAGAGGAGCGCGUCAAGCUCUAUCUGCAUCCGGACAUAGCGAUUCCGCUAAAAAAGGCGUGCAACCAGGUCUUGAUCGCCGACCACUCCAACAUCCUGCGCGACGAGUUUCAGGUCCUGCUAGACAACGACCGGGAGGAGGACAUGGCGCGCAUGUACAGCCUCCUCUCACGCAUCCCGGACGGUCUUGACCCCCUCCGGACCAAGUUUGAGACACACGUCCGGAACGCCGGCUUGGCUGCCGUCGCCAAGGUGGCUUCUGGCGCAGGGGACAAGCUGGAGCCCAAGGUUUAUGUCGACGCCUUGCUCGAGAUCCACACCCAGUACCAAGGACUCGUCAAGCGCGCGUUCAACGAUGAGCCUGAGUUCACGCGGUCACUCGACAAUGCCUGCCGAGAGUUUGUGAAUCGGAACGAGGUAUGCAAGUCUGGUUCCAACAAGUCGCCCGAGCUGCUGGCCAAGUACACCGACGUUCUCCUCCGAAAGGGCAGCACGGCCAUUGAGGACGCAGAGCUGGAGAACACGCUCGUCCAGCUCAUGACGGUGUUCAAGUACAUCGAGGACAAGGAUGUUUUCCAAAAGUUCUACUCGCGUAUGCUGGCCCGUCGCUUGGUGCACAGCAACUCGGCCUCAGAAGACGCCGAGACCAGCAUGAUCAGCAAGCUCAAGGAGGCCUGCGGGUUCGAGUACACGAAUAAGCUGCAGCGCAUGUUCCAGGACAUGCAGGUCUCCAAGGAUCUUAACGCCGGGUUCCGGGAACACAUGCAGGGGCUCGGCACCAAGGGCCUCGACUCAACGUAUUCGAUCCUGGGCACCGGCUUCUGGCCGCUACAGGCGCCGGGGACCAACUUCAAUCCACCCGAAGAGGUGGCAUCCGACUGCGAGCGGUUCGCCCGCUUCUACAAGAACAAGCACGAGGGCCGCAAGCUCACCUGGCUGUGGCAGCUGUGCAAGGGCGAGGUCAAGGCCAACUACAUCAAAAACGCCAAGAUGCCCUACACGUUCCAGGUCUCGGUCUACCAGAUGGCCAUUUUGCUGCUAUUCAAUGAGAAGGAUCAGAACACGUACGACGAGAUUUCGUCGACGACGCAGCUCAACGCCGAGGCGCUCGAUCCUUCGCUGGGCAUCCUUCUCAAGGCGAAAGUGCUCAACCUCGACCCCGGGAGCGCAAAGGUCGGCUCCGGCGCCAGCUUCUCGCUCAACUAUGACUUCAAGAAUAAGAAGUACCGGGUCAAUCUCAACGUCGGCAUGAAGUCGGAGACGAAGCAGGAGGAGGCCGAGACCAACAAGACGAUUGAGGAGGAUCGCAAGCUUUUGUUGCAGUCGGCCAUUGUGCGCAUCAUGAAGGCGCGGAAGCGCAUGAAACACCAGCAGCUCGUCAGCGAGACCAUCAACCAGAUCCGUGCUCGCUUUGUGCCCAAGGUCAGCGACAUCAAGAAGUGCAUCGAGAUUCUGCUCGACAAGGAGUACUUAGAGCGCCUCGAGGAUGAUGAUAUCGGGUAUCUGGCCUGAGCUGUCCGAGCUGGGAAAAACUCGUGAAGGGG